GGUUAAAUCUGUCCCUUCUUGGAAACGUUCUCCCUGGAUAGAGACAAAACUUAACAUGGAAAUGGUCAAGAACAAGGCAAACUCCCAUCUCUUCACUUCCCAUCUCCCAGCCCAUCUCUUCCCUAAGUCCUAUUUCACCAGCAAGGCCAAGAUCCUGUAUGUUGCCAGGAAUCCAAGGGACGUCCUUGUAUCUUUAUACCAUUUAAAAAAUUAUAUCCCAUCUUACCCGUUAUGCCCAUCUUUUGAGCAUUUCUUUGAGGACUUCCUGCAGGGAAAUGUACCACUUGGGUCCUGGUUUGACCACAUCAAAGGAUGGCUAGUCUAUGAGAAAUUCAGAGAAGUUUUUGUUCCUAACCAUGAGGAACUUCAUCAAGACCCACUAUAA